CGCCACUGUGAGCUAAGGGAGGGGCCGGAAGUGCCCCAGGGCGGCGGGUGAAACUGGUUGGAGCUUGGGCUCGACCACCGCUGGACGCCGGGUGGUGUGUAGGGGGGUGCUGAUUUGCCUAAGUGAAAGGGAAGAUUACUCAGAGGCCCCAGCAACAGCUCUACGCAUGCGUAUAGCGGACAGACAGGGAGCUGGCGGCCGGGUCGGGGCACGGGACAGCACUUCCCGGAAGAGGCCGGACCGUGUCUGGGAAGGCGCGGAAUUUGAAGUGCUUCCAGGAGCUUUCCGGGUCACGGUACUAAGCCCUGUAGGUCUUAGCUGGGAAAAGGAAAGAAGUUUUUCUUUCCUUAUUUUUUUCCUAGGAGAAUAUUAAAUUCAGAAGCUUGGAAGCAGCUAUGGUAAGGAUUCAGGCAAAACUGGUACGUGACGGAGGGUCGUCUUCCAAAACCAAGGAGAAAGCGCGUUCUGGUCACUGCUAAAGAGGAUGUAGAAAAGAAGAGGAAAGAGUCUACAGCCAUACCACCCUGAAUGCUUCUGAUCUCGUCUGAAAAGAGGAAAGAAUGAAGAGGAAUAAGGGACCAUUGACAUUUGAGUUACAUUAAAUUUAAAGAUAACAAUUUUUCAGUACUGUAGAGAAAUGCAUAUUUGAUGACACGCAAAUUACUUUUAAUUUGUUAGUUGCAUCCACAUUUUGUAGUGUGUCAUUUACCACCAUUUUUCAUGUUUUAGGUGUUCUUGGUUCAUUCAAAAAAGCUGACUAAUGAAAGAAUAAGGAGAAUUUUCUUUAUGAAUUAUUCUUGACUGGCUUGUAAUAUAUUUUUGAAUUCCUGUUCUGAGCGUCUGUGUCCUCUGCAAAUUUUUGAAAAGUGUGUCAAGUAACUGCACAUAACGAGAAUGGGAGUGAAUGACUUGUGGCAAAUUUUGGAGCCUGUUAAGCAGCAUAUUCACUUGAAUAGUCUUGGUGGGAAAACCAUUGCAGUUGAUCUGAGCCUCUGGGUAUGUGAAGCACAGACAGUCAAAAAAAUGAUUGGAACCGUCUCGAAGCCCCACCUCAGGAAUUUAUUUUUUCGUAUCUCACAUUUAACACUAAUGGAUGUAAAGUUGGUAUUUGUUAUGGAAGGGGAACCCCCAAAACUGAAAACUGAUGUCAUAAACAAGAGGAAUCAAACUCGAUAUGGGCAUUCUGGAAAAACAUGGUCUCAGAAAACAGGGAGAUCACAUUUUAAAUCAGUGUUAAGAGAGUGUCUUGAGCUGCUGGAAUGCUUAGGCGUUCCCUGGGUCCAGGCCGCUGGGGAGGCUGAAGCCAUGUGUGCCUACCUCAAUGCCUGUGGUUAUGUGGACGGCUGCCUCACCAAUGAUGGGGAUGCUUUCCUGUAUGGGGCUCAGACUGUUUACAAGAAUUUCACUAUGAAUAUUAAGGACCCUCAUGUUGACUGUUACACAAUGUCAUCCAUCAAGAGUCAAAUAGGUUUGGAUAGAGAUGCUUUGGUUGGACUAGCAGUACUACUUGGCUGUGAUUAUCUUCCAAAGGGGGUUCCUGGCAUUGGAAAAGAGCAAGCAUUAAAGCUUAUACAGAUUUUGAAAGGGCAGAGUUUACUUCAGAGGUUUACUCAGUGGAGUGAAAAAUCUUGUUACCCUAAUCAACAACCACUAGCUACUAAAAAAGCAGCUCAUUGCUCCGUGUGCCGUCAUCCAGGUUCAUCUAAGGAUCAUGAAUGUAAUGGGUGCAAAUUAUGUCCAACUGGUCGAUGCUGUGAGCCACAGGAUUAUGAAUGCUGUUGUCCUUGUGAGUGGCACCAGGCAGAGCACAACAGGCAGCUGGUUGCACUAGAGAACAAUAUUAAGAGAAAAGCUUGCAGUUGUGAGGGAUUCCCAUUCCAUGAGGUUAUUGAAGAAUUCCUUUUGAACAAGGAUAAAUUAGUGAAAGUAAUCAAGCACCGAAGGCCUGAUUUAUUACUGUUUCAGAGAUUUACUCUUGAAAAAAUGGAAUGGCCCAAUCACUAUGCAUGUGAAAAAUUGUUGGUACUUUUGACCCACUAUGACAUGAUAGAAAGGAAGCUUGGUAGAAAGAACUCUAAUCAACUACAGCCAAUUAGAAUUAUUAAAAACCGGAUAAGAAAUGGAGUUCAUUGCUUUGAAAUAGAAUGGGAAAAGCCUGAAUAUUAUGCUAUAGAAGAUAAAAAUGGAGAAUUAGCUCUACAAACAAUAGAAGAAGAAUCAUUAUUUGAAGCAGCUUUUCCAGAGAUUGUUGCCGUUUACCAAAAGCAAAAGUUAGAAAUUAGAAGGAAGAAAAAGGAAAGCAUGAAAACUAAGCCUAAAGAAAACAAUUUGCCAGAAGCAGGUGAUAAGAGUUUUCAGUCACUCAUAAAUUUAAAACCCACAUAUGAAAUCUCUUCUCAACAAAAUUCCCAGUUACAUUUGGAAGUUUUCCCUGAUUCUGCAUUACCCCAGGAAUCAAUUUCUGCAUCAUUAGAUAGCUUGCCUUUAUCUGCAGAUGCUCUCUGUUUGAACACACAAGAGCACUUCAUAUCUGCUUUAAGACCUUUGGCUACACAGCAAAUUAAACCUGUCAGUAAGUCUCUGAUUUCAGAAUCUAGUCAACCCAGUAGCUCAUCCCACAAUGUGUUGGCAGCUGAUGAUCUACACUUGAGCACCAUUGAUUGGGAAGGAACUUCUUUUAGUAACUCUUCAGUUAUUCCAAAAAACUCUUGCUCUCAUGGUUUAAAAUCAGAACUUCAAACAACCACCCCUGAUAGCUUUAAAACUAUCCCAGGACAGUCGUCAUGUGAUAAAGUGUUGGAUGCGGAUCUUCAAAAGACUAAUCCUGAGGACCUUCUACUUUGUGGCAUUACUGAUUUACAUCUGCAGGAUUUACCUUUAAAAGAACGAAUACUUACAAAAUCAUCACAUCCUCAGAAGAAUGUACAACCAGAUAUGGACCUGAAAACUUUACUCACAGUAAAAGAAUCUUGUAUUGCUAACAGUAGUUCUGAUUAUCCAUCACAUCUUUCAAAGGAUCUUCUGGGGAUGUACUUGCCGAAUGAAUCUAGGAACUCUGAAGUUCUAGAAGGAGACCAGCUGUUUCAGGAAAACUGUAAAGUGAAUACUUCUGUGCCUCAUUCUGUCAAAAACGUGGUGGUAAAGACCUCGAAUGUUAGAGCUGAACCAUCAAAAACAUCUUUUGGUCACAGUAGAAAAGUUGAUUUAAAAACCACUCAGAAAAUUGCAGUGAAGAAAAGUGUUUGCCUUGACAGAUACUCCUCUGAUGAAGAGAGUAUCCCCAGGUUUGGGAAAGCUGAGUACGCAACUGAAAAAAUGAAGCAGGAGCAUAAACCAGCCCAUCUCAGGAAGAAUGACGCCAACAAAUUGAUGCAGGUUAAAGAAACUGAACAGUGUGUCCCCGCUUAUAAAACAGCUGGAACUGAAGAAAAGUAUUUCCCAGAGGCAGCAAAAGGUUCUCUGAGUUUUCUACAAUGUUGUAAGGAAAAAGACGACUCUGAUACUUGUCCGGAUAGCCCUCUUCCUUUAUGUCAGAGAUUAAAACUGAGGUUCCAAAACACUUGAGAUGAAAUUUAAAAUGUUUAACUUAGUAUUCUAGUACCAUCAGCAUUGGCAAAGGCAGUGUGUCUAUUUAAUGUUUGGCAGAUAAAUGUAAUAUGCUUCCAAAUGUCAGGAGAUAUUUUUGCCAUUUUAAUAAAAAUUAUAAUUUUUUAAAGCCUCAAAUUUCCAUUUUAAAAGAUGAUCCUUGUAGUGAAAAUUGUAGACAAUGUAUAUUUUUUAAAUAUACUUUUGCCAUUUUGUAUAUUGAUACUGACUUCUUUAGUUAUAGCUUUAAAAUGUUAAUAGAGUACUAGACAGUAAAUGCUUUAUCUACUUGCUCAUUUUUACUCAUAUCAUGCACACUUCUCUGAAGUAUUUUUUUCUAUUUCAGCUUGCUCCCAAGAGAAUAAUUCUUUAUAAUUGCCUAUAAUCUUGCAGUGUCUUCUGUUGUGGCUUUUAUGAGAGUUCUAUUUUCUCUCCACAUGAAGAUACUUUUAGUAUGCCCUUUCAUUUUGGUAACUUUAUUCUGUUUUGUGAGGGGAAAAACGGAAAAGGAGGAACAUGAUCCAUACAUGUAGUAAAAUUAUGGUUGUAAUGCUGAAUAAACUAAGGAAACCUACUCUUCACAUGUCUCCAGAAGUUAACAGGUAUGCCAAAUGCAAAAAGUUUUAGAAAAUAGCAUGUAUAAUCUGAAGAGGAUUAGAGAUUUGCUCAGGAUCACACAGCUAAUUAAUAAUGAUGUGGGAAUCAGGUUUCUUGCCUCCUAAUUUGUUGGGGGGUUUUCUUCUAUAGCACUUUUUUCUUCCCUUUUGUUUUGAAAAUAAAUCUAUAUAAUACUGAGUUCAACAUUUCCAAGUAUUAAGUUGUACAUUAAUUCAUUUAUCACUCAAAAAAUCUAGAGGCAAUCAGAUUGGAAAGAAAAAGUAAAACUGUCACUAUUUGCAGAUGGCGAGAUUUUCAUAUAAGAGAAUUCUAAGGAAUCCACCACUAAGUCGGAUGAACAAGUUCACCAAGGUGAACUCAUUCAAGAUAUAAGAUCAAAGACAGACCUAAAUUGUAUUUCUGUGCAUCUUCAGUAAAUAAUACUAAAUGAAGUUAAGAAAAUUCUGUUUACAACAGCACUAAAAGUAAUUAAAUACUUUGGAAUAAGUUUAACAAAAGUACAAAAUUUAUGUGUUGUUGAAUGAGAAAUUUGUAAAACUUAAAUAAAUGGAAAGUUAUUCCAUCUUCAUGGAUCUGAAGACUUGAUAUUAAUAUGGAAACUAAUUUAUAGAGUCAAUAGAAUCCCCAUCAAUUCCAGUGGAUUUCUUUGCAGAAAAUGACAAACUGAUUCUAAAAUUCAUAUGGAAAUUUACAGGACACAGAAUAGGCAAAGCAAUCUUAAAGAAAUGGGAGGACUCGCCCUUAAUUCUGACUUCAAAACUUAUUACAAAGUUACAGUAAUGAAGAAUGUGUUUUCAUGGCAUAAAGGCAGACAUAUAGAUCAGUGGAAUAGAACUGAGGGCCCAUAAAUAUCCUCACAUUUAUGUUCAACUGAUUUUCAACCAGAGUGCCAAGACAACUUACGAGGAAACUUCCUGCAAAUGCCAAUGAUACAACCAAGUAUCCACAUACAAAAGAAUGAAGUUUGAUCUCUCCCUCAUGAAAUAUACAAAAAUAACUAAUGGAUGAAAGACCCAAGUAUGAGAGCUAAAACUGUAAACUCUUAGAUGAAAACAUAGACAUAAGUCUUUGUGACUUUUGAUUAGGAAAUGAUUUCUUUGAUAUGGCACCACAAGCUUAGACAACAAGAAAAAAAUGACAUUUUAAAAACUAAAGACUUUAGCCCUGGCUGGUGUAGCUCAGUGGACUGAGCAUGGAAGGAUAAGCGUUCGAUUCCCAGUCAGGGCACGUGCCUGGGUUGCAGGCCAGUUUCCAGCAGGGGAAACGAGAGGCAACCAUACGUUGAUGUUUCUCUCCCUCUCCUUCCCUUCCCCUCUAAAGAUAAGUAAAUAAAAUCUUUAAAAAAUAUUUUAAAAAACUAAAAACAUUGUGUUUCAGAAGAUACCAUCAAGAAAAUGAAGAAAUAACCCACAAAAUGAGAAAAUGUUUGCAAAUUAUAAAGAAUUCUUAAACCUCAAUAAUAAGACAACUCAAAAGUCAGUAAAAUAUCUGCAUAGACAUUUCUCCAAAGAAAAUGUAGAAAUGGUCAAUAAACACAUGAAAAAAUUCUCAUCGUUAAUUAUCAGAAAAUUGCAAACCAAAACCACAAUGAGAUACAUUUCAUGCCUAAUAGGAUGGCUAGAAUCAAAAAGACAGAUAAUAAGUCUUGGUGAGGAUGUGGAAGAAUCAGAGUCCUUGUAACCUGAUGGUAGAAAUAUAAAAAAGGGGAACCACUUUGAAAAAAAUUUAGUAAUUCCUCAAAUGGUUAAACAUAGUUACCACUUGAUGCAUCAGAUCCACUCCCUGGUGUGUACCCGAGAGAAGUGAAGACACAUAUCCACACGAAAACUUGUACGCAGAUGUCCAUAGCAGCAGCAUUCCUGAUAGCCAAAAGCGGAAACGCCCGAGUGCCCAUCGACUCACGAGUGGAUAAAAUGUGCUUUCUCCAUGCCAUUGGCAGUAAAGCGAAAUGAAGUACAGAUCAAUAGUACAACAUGCUAAGUGAAAGAGGCCAGUCACAACAGAUCACAUGUAUGAUUCAGUUUAUAUGAAAUGUUCCAAAUAAGCAAAUUCAUAAUCUAUAGAAACAGAAAGUAGACCCAUGGUUGCCAAGGUCUGGGGGAUAGGGUGGGAAAAUGAAGUAGUGAGAAGGGAAAUGACUAUUAAUGGGCUGGAUUUUGAGAUGAGUGGGUGGAUGAUAACAGUGUUCUAAAACUGAUUGUGGGAAUGGUUUUCAAAAAUGAAUAUACUAAAACCUCUGAAUUGUGCAAUUUGAAAGAUAAAUUCUAUGCUAUGCGAAUUAUGUCAUAAUAAAGGUGGUUUAAAAACAAAACAU